AUUUCAGAACUCAUAACUGCUAUAAGGCUCUGCACUUUGUGACCUAAUCUCUCGAAAAGAAGAGCAUAGUAAAAAAAAAAUGGGUUCUCUCUCUGCUAGACUCUCUCUAUCAGAUCAGAUGAAGGUGAUAGAGAAACUCGAAGUUUUCAAGAUCCAGGGCCGUGACAAGCAUGGCCGGAAGGUUCUUCGCAUCAUCGGAAAUUCUUUUCCAGCUCGAAGUGUGAGCAAAGAGGCUCUCAAUGAGUACUUGAGGGAGAAUAUCUUCCCAAGUUUAGAAGAAAAGCCGUUUUCAAUCGUCUACGUGCACACAGAUGUUCACCGUAGCGAGAACUUCCCCGGAAUUUCUACCCUCCGAUCUAUCUAUGAUGCUAUUCCGGAGAACGUGAAGAAUAAUCUCGAAGCUGUACACUUUGUCCACCCUGGUUUGCAGGCCAGACUCUUCCUCGCCACCUUUGGUCGUCUCCUUUUCACCGGAGGGUUGUACAAGAAGGUGAACUAUGUGACGAGGCUGGAGUUUCUAUGGGACCAGGUGAGGCGGAAUGAGAUGGAGAUACCGGAGUUUGUGUAUGAUCACGAUGAGGAGCUGGAGUUCCGACCGAUGAUGGACUAUGGCAUAGAGAGUGACCAUCCUAGAGUGUAUGGUGCACCACCUGCAAUGGACUCGUCUGUGUCCAUGUACUCUAUGCGAUGCAUCGCAUAGUUAGUUACAAGAACCAAUGUCACUGAUUGGUUUUGCUUUUAAUUAUGGUGGGUUUUGGUGUCUGAUUUAUGUCAUGGUGGGGUUGGAGAAUAGAAUAGUUCUGAAGCUUGUUGUUUUAAGAUCUGUUGUUCACUUGUUCAUAUAAUAUUUGUACAAAGACGGCUAACUUGUUGGUUAGCUAAUAACUAGUUUGAAGAAAUGGCAAAGGAUGCAAAC